CACCUCUCCUUGGGUGCAGCCCUGGUGAGCCAAGCCAUGCAUCUCAACACAACGUCUUCCCUCUACCCGCUGGGAUACCUUAUGGGUGAGUUCCCUCUGCUGUCCGCUAAUUCUGUCCUGCCUGAGGCGGAGAACCUCUCCAACAGCUCAGGACUUGGGUCCAGGCUACACAACGAGGAGGAUCUGGAUGUGAACACGGACAUCUACUCCAAGGUUCUGGUGACCGUCAUCUACCUGGUGCUCUUCUUGCUGGGGACCGUCGGCAACUCCAUCACCGCGUACACCCUGGUGAGGAAGAAGUCCCUGCAGAAUCUCCAGAGCACCGUGCACUAUCACCUGGCGAGCUUGGCGUUCUCCGACCUGCUCAUCUUCCUCCUCUGCAUGCCCAUCGAACUCUACAACUUCAUCUGGGUCCAUCACCCCUGGGCUUUCGGCAACAACGUCUGCAAGUGCUACUACUUCCUGAGGGACGCUUGCACCUACGCGACGGCUCUCAACAUCGCCAGCCUCAGCAUCGAGAGGUACAUGGCCAUCUGUCACCCUUUCAAAGCCAAGAGCAUCAUGUCCAGGAGCCGGACCAAAAAGUUCAUCAGUUGCAUCUGGGUGGCCUCCUUCUUGCUCGCCAUCCCCAUGGUCUUAAUCAUGGGCGAGAUCUACAGGAUACCCCAGAAUCCCAACUCGCUGGUCUGCACCCAGAUUGUGGAUGAUUCCACGCUGAAGAUCGCCAUCCAGGUCAACGUCUUCAUCUCCUUUGUUUUCCCAAUGGCCAUUAUCUCCAUCCUCAACACCAUCAUAGCCAACCAACUUAUCAUCAUGUUUAAGCAAGCGGCCCAAGAAAACCAAGUGUGCACCAUUGGAGGACAGCAAACCAUGCUUAGCAUGUCCAUGGAACCUGGGCGCGUUCAGACCUUGAAGCACGGGGUUCGAGUUCUAC